AUGCGGAAACGGAGCCGGGGGCUGGACCGCUCGCACGGCGCGGCCCCAGGGGCUCAUCCCCGGCUCCCGCAGCCCAGCGAAGGGCACCCCGGGGGUCUCCCGAGCCAAUCCCCUCUCUCUUCCCCUCCGUUCCUGCUCCCCAGCCCUCGCCCUGCCGCGCUGCCGCCGCCGACGCGGGGACGCCUCACUCUGGCCGCGGCACACACGGUGCCGGUGCCGGUACCGGGAGCCCGCGGCCGCCGCACCGAGAGCGACGCGCCCGUCCCCGCGCACCUCCCGCUCCGCUCCCGCCGAUCGCCACGGGCGACAGGAAAGGCCACACGGCAGAGACCCUCGGCGAGCCGUGCAGCCCUCGCAGGACGCAAUAAACUCAACCCGAGAGGGCAGCGCUGGAGCCCCGCGGCGGCUCCUCCUCGGGCGGUCGUGCCGCCCCGGCGGGCCGGAGCCGCGGGGCCUCGGGCAGCAGCACCUUGCGGCGGGGCAGUGCCCGGGCAGAGCCCGCCGCCCCCGCGAAACAAAAGCCCGGUGCCAGCGCCGUUCCCCGCGGAGCCCCGUACCCGUGCCGCCGAGCGCGCACGCCGCCUUACCCAGCCGACAGCCGCGACGGACUCCCCCGGCCGCCCGGCUCAGCGCUGCCCCCGCGCCUCCUCUGCGCAGAGCGGCCGCUGCCGCCGCCCGCCUGACAGGAGGCAGCAGCCACCGCGUCGCCUCAACGCCAUUGCAGGCAGCGGCGGCGGCGGCGGCAGCGGGGGCACGGACACGGCUCCGCGCGCACACCCGCGGCGGCGGCGCGGGGGAGGAUGA